GCGACUCGGAGCAGCAUGGCUUCCAUUCGUCGGGCUGGACUCUCCUGUUAGAAGGGUCUGAAAUUAAAUGUCAUCAAACUCUGUUACCUUAACGAGAUCGACAUGGCCGAGCACAACGACGACAGCUUUGCAAUCGAAGUUAUUCUUCCAGACGACGGCAGAGCAGCGCCAUGUUGCCCGCAUGGCCCCACCUUGCUGUUUGAGAAAGUGGGCAAAGGAGGAGAGAGAGACCGGAGGUUUUAUGCCUGCUCUGCCUGCAGAGACAGAAAAGACUGCAGUUUUUUCCAGUGGGAGGACGACAAGGUGUCGGAGGCCAGACUUUUGGCCAGAGAGGCGGAGAACCGGUUGAAGAGACCUCAGUUCAGCCAGCAACAGUACUGUACCAGGUUCAGGAAGUUUGCCUCCCUCCCGGCUGACGAGAAGAAGUUCUGUCAGGACUGUCAGCUUCUGCCCCUGCCAGGCGAGCGUGAUGCCCACUCCUCUCACAGAUGCACGGCCGUCACCGUGGCACAGCUGGGGAGGCCCAGCGUGCUGCUGCGUCCCCUGGACAACAAGAAGAGCAACGCCCAGUACCUGUUCGCCGACCGCAGCACUAACUUCCUGCUGGACACCUUAGCUGGUCUGGGCUACAGGAAGGUCCUGUGUGUGGGCACACCCAGACUCCAGGAGCUGAUCAAGCUGCGAAACCUGGAGCAGAAACAUGAGCCGAUGAAGAGUCUGCUACUGGACAUUGACUUCAGAUACGCCCAGUUCUACAGCCAGGAUGAGUUCUGCCACUACAACAUGUUCAACCAUCACUUCUUUGGUGGAGAGGCCUCCAGCGUCGUCCUGCAGGCCUUCCUCAGAGAGAGUGACGGGGAGAAAGCGGUGAUGGUGGCUGACCCCCCGUUUGGUGGUCUGGUGAAACCCCUGGCCAACAGUUUCUCUCUGAUCUCACAGACAUGGAGGAAGCUGCAGAGCUCUGACAGCAGUGAUGCCGACAUGCCCAUGAUGUGGAUCUUCCCGUAUUUCUUUGAGCCUCGCAUCCGGGAGUGCCUCCCCUCAUUCACCAUGCUGGACUACCAGGUGGACUACGACAACCAUCCUCUGUACAAGCAUGGGAAGACGGGCAGGAAACAGUCUCCUGUCAGACUGUUCACCAACAUCUGCCCCAAAGAUGUUGUCCUCCCCAAAGAGGAGAGUUACAGAUUUUGCUCUGUAUGUCAGAGAUUCGUCUGUUCCCUGAACAAGCACUGUGCCAAAUGCAACGUCUGUCCAUCCAAGGAUGGUCGUGAAUGGAAGCAUUGCUCCGCAUGUGAGAAAUGUGUAAAACCAUCAUGGAAACACUGUCAGUCCUGUGGUCACUGUGCUCUCCCAGAGCACCCAUGUGGCCAGGGCCAAGGGGAGGAGGGCUGCUUCAGAUGCGGCAGCCUGCAGCACAAACGCAAAGCCUGCCCUCUCAGAGACAAGCCCAGGAUCAGCAGUCAUCGGUCUAAUGCCAAGGGUGGAGGCAAAAAUCGACUCCAUCAUCCCCUCAGCAAGCCCAAAGCCAAGAGGAAGUCUGGAGCAGCUCGCAGAGCUAAGAAGAUGGCUGCUCAGUCUAAGUGACCUCAGUAUUCAUGCAGUCUCAUCAGCUGUGCAAUGAGAAGUUCUGCAGUUUUUUUUUAUAUUUAACCAGAAAUGACUGUUGUACAAUAAAAAAAAAAGUAAUAUUAAAAA